AUGGGUCAAGCACCCCCUUCCAAACCUUCAAGCCAGCCCGAAGCUCCCUCCCGGCCGUACGACGGCCGCAGGCAACGAGGAAAGCUACGACCACUACAAAAAAGAGGAGAACCUAGAGUUUUGAUGUCUCUUAUCCUGCGAAGCGAUUGGCAAAAAGUGCUCAUCCGGGCAAAGCUGUUUCCGCACGAAGUCUCACAACCGGUUUCGCUGGAGCUGUAUGAUCUUCCACUUCGGGUACUGCCCUUGCACUUGGUAGUCGCUUUGGAUCCACCGUCGGCUGUUGUCACCUUAUUCCUCAAGUUAGAUGGCUCGGCAGCGACCGUCCCUGUCCGCAUGAUGGAUCAGCCGAACAAAGGCACCCGAUCGCUGAAGCGAUCCUUUCGAGCACUCAGAAAGUAUUCUCGUCUGGGCUCUGGAGGCGCUAGAUCCCCGCCUGGCCUAUUUCGCGACUCUCGAAGAAGCAGCGGUCGAUCCUCCAACGUGCCCGAGCACCCACCUAACCCACCUGAGGAAGGUGCACCCGCCAACCAAAGCCUUCUGGAUCAUCGAAGCAUGUCGACAAGCUUUGGAAGGCGUGCCCUUUCGUUGGUUUGGCGUCCCUAUCGACAACUGGAUGCAUCGAUUGAUGCUGGGGGAGACUCAUCGUCAAUAUACGGAGACGACAAUCUCGAUCCAUUCACGGGACAAGCCGAGCUCCCAGCGUCCUUCAUGGAGCAGUCGCUGUCGAGUUCUUCGAUGGCUUCAUCGUCUCGUCAAUCGUCUUCAGUCUACCUGUGGAACGGUGGUGACUCGAACACUGGCCUGUUGGAGCAGCUUCCUCCAAAAGGGGUCAUCCUUCAAUUGUCCCCUUCAGGAGGCAUUUCACCCUUCCCUAUUGGAUCGCAGGAAACAGACAGCACCUCGGAGACCUUCUCAAAUGGAGGCACUGCAGCAGGACUGUGGGGCAUCUCGUGGGACCUUUCGCCCUUGUGGCAGUCGAUGGCCAAUGGCGCGGGAUCACCCGACAAUUCACUGCUUGCCAUUCAUGUCGCGACAUUAUACCAAGCUUCUCCUGCAGUGUUAGGCCAGCUAUUGGAAGCCCAUCCCAUGGGAGCGGUGAGUUCAGUCUUGGGCAUGCUGCCGAUACAUAUAGUCUCCGCUGGGUGGAUUUUAGACCCCUGGGUAGCCCCACCACCUCCGCCCCCACCUGCAACGAAGUCAGGAAGCCAAAACCAACCAAUGCUGCAGCCCUACCAUCAUCACCAUGAACGCCAUCCAUCCCGGCUUAAGGACUCGUUACUAGUCCUUCGACAAGCCCUGCCAGAGUCGGUAAAGAUCAGAAGCGGCAACCAUAGCAUGACACCUCGUGAGUACAUUUCUGAAGCCAUGGAAGAAUGCACCCAGAAGCAAGAGUGCUUGGCGCUACUUGAGCCGGGAGACUUUGGUGAAGAUGGAGCAGUUGAGGUCAUCUCCUCGAUGGGCCCACUGGACCACCUGAAGGAUUUAGCAUCCACCCACCCGUCGCUCCUAUUUGUUGACAGCUUCGAUGCAUCUCGAGAAGUCCCGUGGGAAAUUCACUGCUCGUCGUCAUCCUCUUCCAUUCUGGGCUCCCCAAAGAGGACUGCUUCCAUUAGCUCACUUUUGAUUGCUCAAGAUUGGGAAGCUGCCCUUGCUUUGGCGGAGGACGAUCCCAAGCUUGCCCAAGAAUGGUUUCAUGGCGUGGAUGAUCGCCUCGAUCCAACGAUUGAUGAUGUGGAAUACGACGACGGCACCGACGAGGACGCAAAGCAGUGUAUUGUGUGGAAACGUCUGGCCCUUCAUUUGGCCUGUUGCUACCGAGCGCCCGUGGGACUUGUGGACGUCUUGCUGAAGGCGUACCCACAAGCUGCAACCAGUUUAGAUCCGAAUGGUGGCUUCUUACCACUCCAUCUGGCCUGCCAGCACAAGUCAUCGUAUCGAGUGGUCAAGUCGCUCCUGGUGCAUGCCCCCACCACCACAAAGUCGGUCUGCAAUCGCGGGCGAAAUCCGUUGCAUUAUGCUGUGACUGCCAAGGCACACUAUGCCAUUGUUGAGUUGUUGCUGGAAGUUGAUCCUGCAGCGGCCUUGGCAGCAGAUGAGGAAAAUCAGACACCAUUGGACUUGGCGAAGCAGGUUUAUGGAAAGAAGAAUGUCAUUGUUCGACUGCUGGAAAUGGUUACCCUGGUGCUUGAGAAGCCAGUUGUCUCAUCAUCAGCCCCGCCAUCUCGUAAGAAGAGGAGAGACAAGGCCAAAGACGCGGCUUGUUACAUUUGA